UGAAGAGCGCGCAGCGAAGGGGACCGGCCAGUUACUUCCUCCAGCGGCGGCGCGGAGCGCGGUAUCGCCCCAGCCCUGAGCUCCCGGAGCCCGCCGCCCGCCGCUCCCUGCCGGCUCAGGCCUGCCGAGCGCCCUCCCCGCGUCCCGGCCCCGCCGCCCGCGCCCUCCCCGGCGCGCACCGAGGAGUCCGGGCCCCGAGUCGCCGGCCGCCCUGCCCGAAGCGGCGCGAUGAAUGAUUUUGGCAUCAAGAACAUGGACCAGGUGGCCCCAGUGUCUAACAGUUAUAGAGCGACACUCAAGCGCCAGCCUGCCUUUGACACCUUGGAUGGGUCCCUGCUCUCCGUUUUCCCCCCACUAAAUGAAGAACAAACGCUCCAAGAAGUGCCAACAGGCUUGGAUUCAAUUUCUCACGACUCGACCAACUGUGAGUUGCCCCUGUUGACCCCAUGCAGCAAGGCUGUGAUGAGUCAAGCCUUAAAAGCUACCUUCAGUGGCUUCAAAAAGGAGCAGUGCCGCCUCGGCAUCCCAAAGAAUCCCUGGCUGUGGACCGAACAGCAGGUGUGCCAGUGGCUUCUCUGGGCCACCAACGAGUUCAGUCUGGUGGACGUCAACCUGCAGAGGUUUGGCAUGACCGGCCAGGUGUUGUGUAACCUUGGCAAGGAGCGCUUUCUGGAGCUGGCCCCUGACUUUGUGGGUGACAUUCUCUGGGAGCAUCUGGAGCAGAUGAUCAAAGAAAACCAAGAAAAGACAGAAGAGCAGUAUGAAGAAAAUUCACCCCUCAACUCCGUGCCUCAGUGGAUUAAUAGCAAUUCAUUAGGUUUUGGGGUGGAGCAGACCCCGUAUGGGGUGCAGACGCAGAACUACCCCAAAGGCAGCCUCCUGGACAGCCUGUGUCCAGCAUCCUCCGCGCCCAGCACACUCGGUCCCGAGCAGGACUUUCAGAUGUUCCCCAAGGCCCGGCUCAGCACCGUCAGUGUCAACUACUGCUCCGUCAGCCAGGACUUCGCCGGCAGCAGCCUGAACCUGCUCUCCAGCAGUGCUGGGAAGCCCGGAGACCACGAUGCCCCCGAGAACGGUGCGGACAGCUUCGAGAGCUCCGAGUCGCUGCUGCAGUCCUGGACCAGCCAGUCAUCUCUGCUGGACGUGCAGCGGGUCCCUUCCUUCGAGAGCUUCGAGGACGACUGCAGCCAGUCCCUCUGCCUCAACAAGCCGACCAUGUCUUUCAAGGAUUACAUCCAGGAGAGGAGCGACCCGGUGGAACAAGGCAAACCAGUUAUACCUGCGGCCGUGCUGGCCGGCUUCACAGGAAGUGGACCUAUCCAGUUGUGGCAGUUCCUCCUAGAAUUGCUCUCCGACAAAUCCUGCCAGUCUUUCAUCAGCUGGACGGGGGACGGAUGGGAGUUUAAGCUCGCUGACCCAGAUGAGGUGGCCCGCCGGUGGGGCAAGAGGAAAAACAAGCCCAAGAUGAACUACGAGAAGCUGAGCCGAGGUCUGCGCUAUUACUACGACAAAAACAUCAUCCACAAGACCUCGGGCAAGCGCUACGUGUACCGCUUCGUGUGCGACCUCCAGAACCUGCUGGGGUUCACGCCCGAGGAGCUGCACGCCAUCCUGGGCGUCCAGCCGGACACGGAGGACUGAGGCCGCCCGGGGCGGUCCUCACCCAUCUCACACGGACCCUAAACGGCGGGAUCGAUGCGUCCGGCAAGGUCUCCAAGAAGCAGUGGCCUUAUUUCAUCCGAAACGGCGGUCCUUCGCCGAAAGCAGCGCGGGUUCUCGCUUCUAAAGCCUGCUGACAGGGACACAGUAUUUAUGAUGCUCUUACCUUAGAGUGGCCUCGAAGGACACGCUGGGCCGCCGGCCUGGCUCCAGCAGACUGCGUUGUAACAGGAUCCCUGGGGCUGGUGGGGCUUCUCCAAGGAGCGAGCGGGUCGUGGACGCACAUGCUUCUUUGGAUUUUCUUUUGCUGUGGCCGCCGGGAAUCGCAAACGCAAAAGAGGUCUCUGUGGUUCAGAGGGGGAGAAGGUGCCAGGACCACUCAUUCCAUUUCAGAAGUUAGUUUGUAUAUAGGACGGUCAUCUUACCGUUGGUAUCCAAACCCCCCCUAACAGUCCUAUUUAACAGAAAUUGUAUAUUGUAAUUUAAAAUAAUUAUAUAACUGUAUGUGAACGAAGAAGGCAGACAUCCCGUGUGUAUUCCAUUUUUCAAGAGCACAGAUGGCAUUUUGCAAACAUUUAACCCGCCAAGGGCGGGCUGAGGCAGGUUGUACAGUGUGUAUGAUUAACAGUUAUUAUAUGUACAGGAAUAAGGUCUAAGAGGGUUACUAUUCCUGUGUUCUGUUUUUUUGGCUUGCCUGGGUUAUUAUCUAUGGCAAGGACUUUGUACAUUUGGGAAUUUUUAUAAGAAACUUAAUGUUAUUGUCUGGGGGCCCGUCCGGCCUCUCUCCUCUCCUUCAAUUGUAAAGUAAAAGCUAUAAAGCAGUAUUUUUCUUGACACUUGGCACAUGUUCUCCAUUUCUAUGCAUGCCUUUAAAUCGGUUUCUACACAAAACUUCGUUUUUAGUUCGGUUCUGUUUUCCCAACGACUAACCUCCCCCAAUCACAGCCAUUUCCUCUCAGCGCCCCACCCCCGCACCCCAACGUCUUCUGUACGAUUAAAAUAGGAAUACUAUUUUUGGAAACCGGCGACUCCUUUUCAGAGAUCAGGAGGGAUUUAUGUAGCAGCUAUUUUUACUGCAAAAGUAAUUCACUGGGGAAAAAAAAUGGAAUUUGUAAGAAAGUUUUAUUUUUAUCUCAGCGCCAUGUAAAGUUAACCUAUUGUACAGAGCUGAAGGUUCGGGAUGUGGGGGGGAGUCUUUAUUAAACCUCUUGGAUGUGAGCGAAGCAUGAUUUGUCCCAUCCUGUUCACCUGUCGCGUCUUGGGCUUUCUGGAUACCCAGCUGCUGCUUUCUGUUUCGAGUCUGCAGUUUCUUGCUUGUUUGUUUUCUUAUUUUCUCAGACACAGAAUGCCCGGAGGCAAAGAGAGGGUAAGCAGAUGGGGAAGAAAAGGCAUUGGGAUCAUUCAGCCUUGAACAGGGUGGAGACUUUUGUAGUCGUUCCAGAGGAACCCCUGGGUCAGUAUGUGCUCCUGGCUUUGGCGAAUGAUCAAGUCGAGUUGACUUCAAAGUCAGACGGCCUUCCCUAGCAGCAUGAGGGACAAGUGGGCCAGCAGUGACAUCUGCAAAGAAGGAUCGAACCAUCCAUGCGAUGAGCGGGAACGGGGCAUUGGGUGGUGGGGCAAGCGAGAAGGACAGAACCAGCACGGGGGUGACUCGGUCUCAGUCCUGACCCAAGAUCCCUUCCCAUGUCUUUAAGCACAGGAUGUUUUUCUCACGCAGGACCUGUUUAUCUCUCGGACAUCUGUUUAAAACAUCAACAGACAUGUGACUGGAAUAUCUUGCUGCUGAAAGAAAUCUCAGCCAUCAGCUUGUUUUACGUGGGGUUGGACCCUGUGAAACUGCCAAUAUUUGUCUGUUUUAUCUACAGGGUUGGCAGUUUCAUGUGGUUCAACUCAAAGAGUUAUGGGACAUUAAAAGUCCCUUGUCAACCUUUGGCGUGGUAAAGAACAGAACUUAAGUAUAAAAAUUUUGUAAUUUGGCUUUUUCUCUCUCCAAUAAUAAAGUAUUUUGUUUAUAUAAACUCCUC